AUGAAAGGACCGGUGGCGAGGCUGACCGUAACCAAUGGUCAACUGCUAUCGGUGGAAUCAAUGGGAGCGUUGAUCGAAAGCAACAAACAUCUUGUUCUGCCGAGGCUAUGCUCCCAAGCGCAUUUCGAUGAUCUGUGCCCGGUGUCGUCGAGGAGCGCC